AUGUCCGCCUUGGCUCGCCUGUCGCGCUUAAGCGCUCAGCGCAAUGUGGUCGCAAACAGAUUAGCAACUGCGCGGAGCAAUUCCCUUUUUCGACCGCAAGCACGGCUCACCAGAGCUUUCCUACCGCUCGAAAACGCUGCGUUGGCUAGAGGCAUUCAUGUGCGCGCCAUUAGCUUCAGCUCAGUGCCUCGAGCCGCUUUGCGAGCAUUUAGGGUCCCCGCUUACGCCUUUGGUGCCGCUGGAGGGGCGUUGGCGUAUGCCAACUACAAGGUAGACGGUGAGUGAACUUGUGCAAUGGUUGCAGAGCUGUCAUGACCAAUGCAAAGCUUACCCGUCUGCUGCUCAACGUCCAUCAGAAUUUCGUGGCUUCAUGGGCGGCGUGUUCGAUUCUGCCUCUAGCAAGGCGGGCGACUUGGCAGAGACGCUAGGGAUAUACGGCUCGGACGCAGCCUCGGCUCUCAAUGGGGGUCUGGCUGACCUCAGCAAAGGUGCCUCGGAACUUGGAGAAGGUUUCAAAGAGUGGUGGGCUAGCGUGGAAGCUAAGCAGAGAGCUAGGCAGGAGGCUGCCGAGGCGAACAGCGGUGGUGGCGGCGGAGAUCGUCAGCCAAGGGAGGGAGAUCAGGAGCCGAACAAUGGAGGCCCGGCAGGUGCUGCUGCAGCUCUAGCUGCGACUCUGCUUGGCAAGUCCUCGGCAGACGACGAGAAGGAGUCGGAGCAGGAAGGCAAAGGACCUCAGGCUAACAGCACCACCGCAGAGUUGCAACAACUCACUCGCAAGCUCAUUGAGGUCAGGAACAUACUCAAAUCCGUCGAUCAUGCCGAUGACACCUUGACUCUGCCAUCAAUCGUGGUCAUCGGCUCGCAAUCGAGCGGCAAAUCGUCGGUGCUGGAAGCCAUUGUCGGUCAUGAAUUCCUUCCCAAGGGAUCCAACAUGGUCACGCGCAGGCCUAUCGAGCUCACUCUUGUCCGCACAGAGCCAACGCGCGCAAGCAGAGGUACGCCGGUCGAGUACGGAGAGUUUCCAGGGCUGGGUCUUGGCCGCAUCACCGACUUCAGAGCAGUGCAGAAGACGCUCUUCGACCUCAACAUGGCAGUGCCUGCGGCGCAGUGCGUCUCGGACGAGCCCAUUGAGCUGCGCAUCCACUCGCCGCACGUUCCUGACCUCACGAUGAUCGACUUGCCGGGAUACGUGCAAAUUGCAGGGAUAGAUCAGCCGGAAGAGCUGCGAGAAAAGAUUUCGACGCUAUGCGAGAAGUACAUUCGGGAGCCCAACAUCAUCCUCGCCGUUUGCGCUGCUGACGUGGACUUGGCCAACAGUCCUGCGCUGCGCGCUAGUCGCAAAGUGGAUCCGCUUGGUCUGCGAACGAUUGGUGUCGUCACCAAGCUGGACCUCGUUCCUCCUGAAGAAGGCGCCGCCAUCCUACGCAACAACAAGUACCCGCUCGCGCUAGGGUACGUCGGUGUCGUCUGCAAGGGCAUGACUAGCGCUUUCAGAACAUCGAGGGGACACGAUGGAGUCAGCGGAGAAGGCAACGUUACUAGAAGCGUCUUGCAAGGAGAGAACGAUUACUUCUCGCAACAUGCGGAGCACUACCUCGCCGCGAAUGUGCGCGGACGCAAUGCCGGACAGGCGCCAUUAACGGGAACCGAGACUUUGCGGCGAAGGCUCAUGGCUGUUCUUGAAGAGAGCAUGGGCUCCUCCUUGCACGGCAUUGCCAAUGCGGUACAGAUUGAGCUUGAAGAAGCUGCGUACCAGUUCAAAGUACAAUACAAUGAUCGAUCGAUCAGCGCAGAAUCGUACGUGGCGGAGACGAUGGAUGCGCUCAAGGCGCGCUUCAAAGACUUGGCGGCAGGCUUCGGAAAGCCCGAGGUUCGCAGUCUUUUGCGGACAGCCUUCGACGACAAGAUCAUGGAUAUCUUGGCUCAGAUGUACUGGACGGAUGCGCGCGCUUCCGAACUCUCGCAGCUGGCGGACAAUAAAAAGUUGACGGCGCAAGACCUGGACAGGUAUUGGCAGUACAAAUUGGACGCUAGCACCAGCGCCCUCACGAAAUCAGGCAUUGGACGCCUAAGCACGCAGCUCGUUGCUGAUGCCGUCAGAGCGCACAUCGACGGUCUCGCGUCUGCAGAGCCCUUCAACCACCACCCCGACGCUGCUGAGCGCAUUGCCGGCUUUGCUAGUGCCAUCCUGCGAGAGAGGUUUGGCAUCACUGCGGAUCAGGUGGAGAAUUGCGUCAAACCAUACAAGUACGAGGUGGAGGUAGAGCAGGUGGAGUGGGAAGAUGGACGUCGAAGAAGUAUCGAUCUGCUCGACAAGGAGCUCAGGAUGUGCGAUGAGGCGCUCAAGAGGAUUCAAAAGGCUGUGGGCUCCAAACGUCUGAGGGAAGCUGAAGCGCAUGUCAAGUCUGUCGAGGAGAGGAGUCGCAAAGCUGCGUUGGCCAGAUUGAGGGCUCGUGAAGGUGCUGCGGAUGCUGCAGAUCCAGCGACGUCCGACGCGCUAUUGGAAGAGUCCGACCCUACACAACCUCACUACAAUUCCGCACUGCUUGCCAAGGCGAGAGAGUCGACCUUCUUGGCGGACAGGAGCGCAAUACUGAAGAUGCGAGCUGCAGCGCUGCGGGCCAAGAGGUGCAAGACGGGAGGACCUGAAGCCAAGGCUUUUUGUCCAGAGGCCUUCCUCAGCGUCGUAGCCGACAAGCUAGCGUACACCUCGGUCAUGUUUAUCAACAUCGAGCUUCUCGCAGAAUUCUUCUACCAAUUUCCUCGAGAGAUCGAUAGCCACUUGAUCUACGAUCUAGGCAAAGAAGAGAUUUCCAGAUUUGCGAGGGAAAACCCAGACGUGAGGAAGCAUCUCGAUCUGCAAGAGAGAAAGGAAAAAUUGGAAAUGGUCAUGGAGAAGUUGGAUGCUCUUGUCAAGGUAUGUCGCGCCGCCACGGCACGUUUGCACGAUCUUUGCAAACAAUCCAACUCAUGUAAGAAUCUGCAAUACACCUUUAACAGGUCUACCAGGAGAAACAGGCCCCUCAGCGCAAUUCCUCGUCCAAGUGGGGCUUUUUCUGA